GAUAUUUCAGAAUGCCUCUGGUAAAAAGAAACAUAGACCCUAGAUAUCUUUGCCACACAGCUCUGCCACGAGGCAUCAAGAAUGAACUGGAAUGUGUUACUAAUAUUUCCUUGGCAAAUAUAAUAAGACAAUUAAGCAGUCUCAGUAAAUAUGCAGAAGAUAUCUUUGGAGAACUUUUCAACGAGGCACAUAGUUUUUCUUUCCGAGUGAAUUCCUUACAAGAACGUGUGGAUCGUUUAUCUGUCAGUGUUACACAACUUGAUCCAAAGGAAGAAGAGCUUUCACUGCAAGAUAUAACAAUGAGAAAAGCUUUCCGAAGUUCCACAACUCAAGAUCAACAGCUCUUUGACCGCAGGAGUCUUCCAAUCCCGUUGCAGGAGACUUAUGAUACAUGUGAACAGCCACCACCACUCAACAUCCUGACCCCUUACAGAGAUGAUGGAAAAGAGGGUUUAAAAUUUUACACGAAUCCUUCAUAUUUCUUUGAUCUAUGGAAAGAAAAGAUGUUACAAGAUACAGAAGAUAAAAGAAAGGAAAAGAGAAAACAGAAGCAGAAGAAUCUCGAUCGUCCUCAUGAACCAGAAAAAGUGCCACGGGCUCCUCAUGACAGGCGCAGAGAAUGGCAGAAAUUAGCCCAGGGACCAGAACUUGCAGACGAUGAUGCCAGCCUUUUACAUAAGCAUAUUGAAAUUGCUAAUGGCCCUGCCUCCCAUUUUGAGACCAGACCGCAAGCAUAUGUGGAACACAUGGAUGGACCCUAUUCUCUUUCUGCAUUACCAUACAGCCAAAUGAACGAACUUCUUAGCAGGGCAGAAGAGCGUGUUUUAGUAAGACCACAUGAACCUCCCCCACCCCCACCAAUGCAUGGAGGAGGAGGAGAUGUGAAACCCAUUCCACCCUGCGUUAGCUCUACUGCAGCUUUGACAGAAAAUCGCCCUCAGUCACCUGCUGCUGGAAGAACUCAAGUCUUUGUGAGUCCCACUCCUCCCCCGCCUCCUCCCCCUCUUCCGUCUGCUCUAUCUACUUCUUCAUUAAGAUCUGCAAUGACUUCCACACCUCCCCCUCCAGUGCCACCCCCACCCCCUCCUCCCACCACUGCUUUACAACCUCCAGCGGUCCCUCCACCCCCUGCACCACUACAGAUUGCUCCCGGAGUUCUUCAUCCAGCUCCACCACCCAUAGCACCUCCCUUAGCGCAACCCUCUCCUCCCAUCACAAGAAUUGCCCAAGUCUGUGAACCCGUUCCAGUUCCGCCAAGUGAAAUUCAAGGGCUCCCUCCGCCUCCUCCACCUCCUCCACUGCCUCCUCCUGGUGUUCGUCCCUCAUCCCCAGUUUCGACUCUUUCGCACCCGCCCAGCUCCACUAUCCCAGGCCCUCACCUUCCCAUAAUGCCUCCAUCCCCACCAUCCCAAGUCACUCCUGUUCCUGAACCCAAACGGCACCCAUCAACACUACCCGUCAUCAGUGAUGCCAGAAGUGUCCUCCUUGAAGCAAUACGAAAAGGUAUUCAGUUGCGUAAGGUUGAAGAACAACGUGAACAAGAAGCUAAACAUGAGCGUGUUGAAAAUGACGUUGCUACCAUUUUGUCUCGCCGCAUUGCUGUGGAAUACAGUGAUUCAGAAGAUGAUUCAGAAUUUGAUGAAGUUGACUGGUUGGAGUAAAAUGAUUAUAUGCUACAAAACUGAAUGCUAGUGUCCAUUGUGGUGCUUGUUCUUUGAAAAUGUUUGGUCAUUUCUAGUGUUUUUGUAUUUUCUUUAUAUAAUCUAUGUUUUUCUACUUUUUAUUUCAAAAAAUGUUGGCACAUCUUUGGAACUAAAUGUUUUACAGUGAGACAGUUAUUUUUAAAAAAAGCAUCAUUUUGCUCCAGUAGACCAUUAAGUAUUAAGCAUGGGCAGCUGUUGAUAGAGUAGCAGACUACAUUUUCUGGCAUUUAACUGUGCACUUUGUGAAUUUUAAGUUAUGAAGGCAAUUAAGUCUGAAGUUUCAAGGGCAACUGCAUGUACUAAUAAGCUUUAUUAUAUUACAUUGCUAAUGCUGAAAAACCUGGAAAAAAGGGUGUUCAUCCAUCCGGCACUGCAAUCCCAACAUUUCAAUGGACCUGAAAUAUGAGAU